CAAAGUAAGCAACCAAGAUUACAGUGGAAUUUGACACAACGUUAAUGACGUUUAUUUUUGAGGUUAAAAUCAAUAUUUUUAUUGAUUUUCCGACUAAAACAGUGAAAAUGGAAAGUUUUGUUCAAGAAUACAUAAAAUCGGCCGCCGAUUUUCUCGAAAUUCAACUGGAAUCAGAAGAAAACACUAUCAAUACAAAAUAUAUUAAUGAAAACUCUGAAAAACCGGAAAUAAUAGAAAUAAACCCAGAUAUCAACAUAGUAACUGACUAUAAACAUUUUUGCCUAUUAUGCAGCAAGAAUUUCGAGUCGCAAAAAUAUUUAAAAGCCCAUAUGAAAAGACAUGGAAAAAACACUCGUAAAAAUAUUGAAUACAAACAUUUCUGCACUGUGUGUGGACGUAAUUUCGAGAAGGAAAAAUAUUUAGUGGCACACAUGAAAAAUCAUGGGGAAUUGGGUAAAAUUUUCCAAUGUAAUUUUUGCGUGAAAGCGUUUUACUCCAAUAAAGAUUUAAUCGAGCAUACUGGGUUGCAUAGUGACGAGAAAACAUAUAAAUGCCCAGUGUGUUUUAAAGCUUUUAAAACCAAGUUAAAUUUGUCCAAACAUAAACCUACUCACUCGGAAGAGAGGCCUUUUAAAUGUAAAAUAUGCGAUAAAGCGUUUAAAAAAACCAUAAUUCUUAAAAAACACAUCCUAAUACACCAAAGAAAAUCUAAAAUACUUAACAUUAACAUACAAGAAGAUUGCAACAAAAAUAUGUCCUGCAUUAUAUGUAAUAAAACGUUUUCCAAUAUUAUCGAUUACACAGAUCAUCAAAAAAGUCAUACUGAUGUGAAUACGUUUAAAUGCCCAAUAUGCGAUUUAUCCUUCAAGAGAAAGCAAAACGUUACUAAUCACAUGAUGAUUCAUUCAGAAGAAAGACCUUUUAAAUGUGACACAUGUGAAAAUAGCUAUAAAUCCAAAAAUGGGCUUAGAAUGCAUAAAAUGUACGCUCAUAUUGUUAAUUAG